GGGAAAAGGCUCAGAUACGUCUCGUGGACAGCGGUAGCGAUGCCUUUGUCAGUUUUGAUGGAUUGAAGAGCAGUUGUCAUGUUCCGAAAGAGUCGCUUCCAGUUUUUGAGAGAAGCUUUUCCUAAAUCGUUUAAACAACACGUUGUACAUGUGUCAUUUUUCUCAUGAGAGCAAUCGGGAAGAUGCUGUUUGUCGUUUAACCUUCGAUAAUGGCAAAACUUGGCAAGAUUUAAGUAAUGUUGCUGGACUACUUGGGAUUAGUGAGACUACUGGGGAACUGUACGGGGUAUCAAUGGAUAGAAGACAUCGAUUAGUGAACAAAAAUGGGAUGGGAAGAGGAGCAUGGAAUGAAAUGGGAGAAAGCGAAUGGGACAAAGUGAAGGAUAGUUUGCAUAAAGUUGUCGAGAUACCAAACAUUCCUGUUACUGGUCUUCUUGAAACAGAUCAACGGCAAGCUCUGCUCACUAUGACAGCGAACUCUGGAGAUAGUUUUUCUGCGUCAUCUCUUGGAGUUUAUCAUCGACCUUCCAGUGGCAGCUGGACUAUGAUCGCGACAUGGCUAUGCAAAGAAUACCCGGACAUUUGCGUGAGUAGUCCAUGUGAUAACUCUGGGGUUUGUCACGCCAAUUCUGAUGGAAGUUUUAACUGCACGUGUCCUUUGGGGUUCAGUGGGGACGUUUGUGAUCAAGAAAUUGAUGAUUGCAAGAACGAUUCUUGUCUCAAUGGUGGGCAAUGCAUUGAUGGUUUCAACACGUUCUAUUGUGUCUGUAACUCGUUUUACACUGGAGAAAAAUGCGAAAAAAACAUUGAUGACUGCGCUCUUUCGUCUUGUUCCGCUGGGGCUGUGUGUAUCGAUGGUUUAGGAAACUUCACCUGCCAGUGUCCGUCUGGUUUCGCUGGGGAAUUUUGUCAAUUGGAAAUCGAUGAAUGCGCCAGUUUGCCUUGCCAACAUGAUGGACGAUGUGUCGAUGAGGUGAACAGUUAUACAUGUUACUGUCGUCAGGGAUAUUCUGGGAUCAACUGUGAAACUGUCCAUGCAGCUGUAAGUGGAUUUGAAGUCCUGAGCACUCAAAGUGUGUUGUACGAAUCAUCGCGAUACACUGUGGUACACGCGAGACUCCCGCCUGGCGGUCGUUCACGCCAUCAAACAUGGUGCCAUGACUACACUGAACUCUGUUAUUCACUGAACAAGACUCGACCGACCGGAUGCGGUCGUUCAUCCAAUCAUAUCACGGAGAUGCAUCAAUGUCAGACCCUAUACGACUCAGUAAUGUCACAUAACAAUACCCUGGACUGUCCUCCGAAUGUGAAAGUCUCCAGUCUUGCAAAAAUGGCCGGCUAUUCAAAUGCAAGCCCUGAAAACUCUUUCGCGUUUUCAAAAUGUGGUUCUAGCGAAUGCACAGAUGCUUUACCUACGUCAGGUUGCCAUGGAGCUCUGAGUUGCAUAAGCCAAGCCAAUAGCGAGGUGUAUACAGUGUGUGCUGAUCCUGACAGUAAUUUCAUGGUAAAGAGCAAAGGGUAUGCUACAAAUAAAGGCGUGAGUUACCUAUCAUUGUACGUGAAGCCACUUAACACGAGUUCAAGACAUGAAAACUGGUGUCGAGAUUACCAGAGGCUUUGUGAGUCAUACGGUAAACGACCUACAGGCUGUGGCAAUGCAAGUACCGAAUGCAGAGAUAAAUAUUUCUCAAUUACGCCGAAGGAAAACGAGCUGGAUUGCGAAAAUAAUACGAAAGUUGUAGCGCGUAUUUCUCAAACUGCUGGGAUGCCAUCGAACACGGAGACUUUGAACUUUCAUAUUUGCGGGGAAAAUAAGUGCAAGAAAGAUUUUCCAGCUUGCUGGGCUGAAACAUGUUUGGAAUUCAAUAAUUAUAAUGUAUUAUGCACCGAACCUUUGACUGGUUUCUCUGUUCUUGAAGAACGAUGGACUUUGUCUGAUAACAUUAGCUUCUUGGUGAUCAAAGCAAAACUGGCGCGCGAUAGGAUGUCAACUCAAGAGAACUGGUGCCAAGAUUAUUCCACACUAUGUAAAUCAUACGGACUGCGACCGACCGGACGUGACGUAAUACAAGACUACGAAUACACAUCUUGUAGGGAUAAAUAUGGAUCCAUCAUGACGGAUGGUGUUUUCUUUGGAUCGAAACCGCAGUCUAAGAUAGCAAGCAUAGCUCAACAGGCGGGAUUCUCAGCAGCGAAUGAAGAUAAUUCGUUUGGCUUGGAUAAAUGUACGCUGUGUUCCUCGGUUUUAACAAAAUCGAAGUGCGCAGGCCUGGGAUGUAUGAAUCCAUCGCAUCACAAUGAUGUUUAUACUGUGUGUAUGAAGAAACAUGCCUCGGAGUUUGAUAUCUUGGAGAGAGAAAAGACGGUCUAUAAGAAUACAGCUUAUCUUGCUGUUAAAGCAAAAGUGACAGGAAUAAAAAAAUGGGCUGAAAACUAUAAUAAAACUUGUUCGCAAUAUGGCAGAAGAAAUGUCGUGUGCAUGAAAAACGCAAGUGAAGUCGCCUGUAACAAAUCUGAAGUUUUGAUAAUAUUUUCUAAGCACACGAGCCUCACCAACGCGACAACUUCAAACAUCUACAUUCCUGGUGUUCACACGCCAACUUCUGACGUUGCAUACAUGCUCUGCGAGGGACCAGAUUCAAACUUUGACGUCAUUUCCACGAAGCCAGUGAGUUUAGGUGGACAAGAAUACCUGAUAAUUGAGGCCAGGUUACCUUCAAAUGGCGUGGCACGCUACGAGAACUGGUGCGAGGAUUAUAAACAAUUGUGCCUGUCAUAUGGUCAGCGGCCUGUUUGUUGCAAGACAGAAACAGGGAUUUCAUCGCACACUGCAUGUCGGGACAACUACGACGCAUUGUUUCCUAGAAACAGCCAAUUAAUUUGUCCCUCCAACACGGAGAACGCUACUUUGGCAAACCGGACUACAUACUUUACUUUCGCUUUUUGCAAUGAAUCGACCUGCAGCAAGAAUAAUGCUAUGGCAUUAGAUGCUAGCAUGAAAACAACCAACACAGUUUACGCACUCUGCCUUGCUUCCAACACUAGUUUCGCUGUCCAAUCAAGUAUGAACGUUUCUUAUCAAGGAAGUACAUACAAGAUUAUCAAAGCUCGCAUUCCUCUGCAUCAAACAUCAAAACAAGACACAUGGUGUCAUGAUUAUCAAACUCUUUGCAAUUCCUAUGGAUGGAGAGCCGUUGUUACGUCGAAAGAUGCUGACGGCAGCUGUCAGCGUUCAUACGAGGCUAUCACACCACAGAGACAUGAAUUAUCAACAAAUGAAAAGCUUGAACAUCUUGUUAAAUUAGCUGGCUUCGAAAACGCAAUUGUUGGAAAUAUCUUUGGGUUUGGCAAAAGCUGUAAAAACUCGUGUUUUGCGUCAAUUUCUGAUUCUUCUCAGGUUGCUGAACCUGCGAUCAACCUGAACAGCAGUCUCAUGUCUCAAAAAAAUAACGUCAUAUACGCAGUGUGCGUAAAUAGCGACACAAACUUUCACGUUUUGGACAACCGCAGAACGAAUUAUGAAAACCGGUCAUAUCUGGUUCUGAAAACAAGAAUUCCAUCACACGGUGUUUCAAAAUACAAAAGUUGGUGUUUGGAUUAUCAACGGCUUUGUGGCGAAUACGAAAUGCGACCUGUUAGCUUUUUAUCACGUGAGAGUCAAAUAGGAUCACAUGACAUGGACACGUAUAUACCUCACUUUAUAUCUGUUGUAGUUUUUCCCAAGAACGAGAGUUUGAAACUGAUCACCCGAGAAUAUAUUUCGAUAGUUGCCAACCUUGCUGGAUACCGCGAAGCAUCGCGGGAUAACUCGUUUGCAUUCAGUGAACAUAAUCCGGGAUCAUGCUCUUGGAGACUUGGUUCAAAAUGUGCCUCGAGUAUAGAUUGCCUCAACAUCGACGCUCGUGAACUAUAUACAGUUUGUACUGACUCCAACAGCAACUUUCUAACCGAAGAUACAAGACAUAUCAAGUAUAAAGGGCUGCCAUACCUCCUGGUCAGGUCUCGUGUUCCCGAGGACGGCGUCGCGAGGCAUCAAACCUGGUGUUCCGACUAUAAAAAUCUUUGUAACUCGUUCGGUAUGCAGCCUGUUAUCUGUGAGAAGCAGGAAGGUUGUGCCGAGGAUUUUGAUUUUGCCAAUAGUUCGUGCCAAUUGGGAAACAUUACUGUUCUGAAAGGAUUGGUUGAUGAACAGUUUGUGAAAAAUUCCAGUGGUUUUAUGCUUAAGGGCUGUGAUAAAUGCGAAAAAACUCUUGAGAAAACAUGUACAGACCAAUCUAUUUGCUCUAAAGAUGCCAAAACCACACUUGUUCCCUGUACCAAGUUACGACACAACUUUAGAAUCUUUGAAUCAAAACAGAUAAAUUACGAAAACGUGCGUUUGAGCAUUGUCAAGGCAAAGAUAACAUCAAACACUUCAUUUUACCAGGAUUGGGGGUAUGAUUACAAAAAGAUGUGUUCACUCCUUGGCAAAAGACCUUUCUCCUGCCAUGAACUGGGAAAUGUGAUCCAGUAUAAAAACCGUAAACAAUACAAUAUAUUCUUGUCGGAAUUGAAGAACUGUUCUGAUAUGGAAAAGCUUCAGUCACUGGCGGUUCAAGCUGGUUUUUCACAAGCUAAAAAUAUUCUAUUCUUCGAAAGUUCACAAACAACAAGCAAUGAACUUGUUUCUCAAUAUAUCUCAGGGGAUUUAACUGAACCAAGUCCAACGAAAUGCUGCAAAUGUCCAAAUUCGUCCGCUAACAGCACCGAUUGUUGUUUGUGUAAGAAAGUUGAUCCUGUCUUCCAAAUUCACUUGUCGAAAUGCCCACACGGGAAAACUUGCACGAGUUUCAACGCCAGCGAAGAUAUAUACGCCGUUUGUUCAGACUUUUCUCCUACGAAUUUUGAUGUUGAAGACGCACGGGAGGUGCUGUACGCUGACCAGCAGUACACUGUUGUGAAGGCUCAGAUCCCGCCCCAUGGUCAGUCUCGGUCUGAGACCUGGUGCGAGGACUAUAAAAUGCUUUGUCAAGCGGUUGGUAAACGACCAGUCGCGUGUGGUAGAAAUUUUGAUACAUUGAAGCGAUCACGUGAUUGUCGCGUUCAUUACAACGCCAUCAUGAUGCAAGAGAUGUCGUGUCCAGGCUCCGACGAAAUAACCGCCAUCGCGAGGCAUGCUGGGUUUUCUGCAAAUGUUAACGAGACUCUGGGAUUGUGGAACUGCGAAACAUGCUCUAAAAAUCUUGGCGAAAAUUGGAAUAUCGAGGCCUCUUCAAAGAAUCUAAGUGAAGUUUGGAACAUUCCGUUUUCUCCUGAGGGAACAAAUGAAACAUUUUAUAUAGGAAAUACACCAUUCACUGUCUAUCUCUUGUGCUCUCAGUCAGAAAGCAACUUCAAUGUACUCGAGGAACGAAAAGUUGACCACGCUGGGUCUCCUGUGUCUGUUCUUAUGACCACAAUCCCUCAUCACGGAGAGUCGUUGAACGAGAAUUGGUGCAUUGACUACACGCAGUUGUGCCAGUCGUACGGCUCACGUCCAAUCGGAUGCGGCAGCUCAGCGGACAAUAUCGAGGAGCAUGCGCAGUGUCGAGAUGGGUACAAUGCGUUGAUGUAUUCUAAGGAUAAUAUACACUGUCAAGAUGAAUUAAAAAUCCACGAAAUUGCCAAAUCUGCUGGGUUUACAGAGGCCACGAAACAAAACUCUUUCAUAUUCAAGUCCUGUCUACCGCAACAAUGUACGAAGUUCUUGCCCUCCGCAGAACAUCCCUUUACAAAAUUUGAGGCGAAUUUAUCCGACGGAGUAUUUUACACUCUCUGUGGCUCGUCCGAUAGCGCCUAUGAGGUGAUAGCCACGAGACCAAUAACUGUGGAAAAACAGGAUUAUCUUGUUAUCCGCACUAGGAUACCGGUUGAAGGAUUAUCAAAACACGUUACUUGGUGUGAGGACUAUGAGAAACUUUGCGAGGCCUACGGAAUGAAGCCGCUGACAUGUAAAAUAAACUCACACACACAAAGAGAAUGUAUCUAUAACUUUGGCGCCAUAUCAUUGACCAACGCUGAUCUCGCUUGUCCUGCAAAAACUGGAGUGGCAUCAAUCGCGAAGCAGGUUGGGUUUGAUAAUGUUACCAAUACUAACUCCUUUGCCAUGGAAGGAUGUGACCGAUCUAAAUCAUGCGUUAACAAGAUGCCAAAUAUCAAAUGCAAGGACACCACACAUUAUGACGUGUCCUACGAAACGAAGAAAACACAAGUGAGAAUGACAAGAGCGGAUUAUAUUUUGAACGUUUCAAAGACAAUACUGAAUGUCGCAUUAAAUAAAACACAAACCAUCAUUGUUCCAGAAGAUAUGCACUGUUUUAUCAUUCCAUCACCCCCGAGUGGUCAGCCCGUUUACAAAAUUGACGGUGAAAAAUUAACGGAUAUUUUUAAAAGUAACACGUGUGUAUGGAAUUUUGACCUAACAAAACCCGGAGUGACUCUGAGCUACUUCAAUUUGACGGUAAAUCAAACAUUUGAGCACAGAACACCUCGUGUAGAGACUAACUGUUGGUUAGAUUCCUCGAGCUCCUUAGCGCGAAUGUCCGGUGAGGCUAACACCGUAUGCAUCAGACCAGCGAGUGAUACCAGUUUCAGAGUUAAGAGUUCUCGAAAGGUGUCGAAAGCUGGUCGGGAGUAUCUCAUCAUCCAAGCCAAAGUACUCUCGCCUGAAUCGAAGUCAUCAAACUGGUGUAAGGAAUAUUCCAAAUUGUGUAAAGCAUUUCAAACUUCACCUUUGGCUUGUCCAAGGAGGUUCGGAUUUCAUAAAAACUACGAUAAAUGUAUAACCAGUUAUGGCGGCAUUAUGAUGAGUGAAGUGAACUACCAGUGUCCUUCAAAUGGAUUCGUCUCAGAGCUAGCUCGUGCGGCUGGUUAUGAUGAUAGCAGUCUUGCUAAUUCUUUCUCUCUGGUCGACUGUGACGAUGUGAAAUGCAAGAAAGUGUUGCCAGCCACUGGAUGCAGCGAUGCAGUUCACUGCUUGAGUCAAGAAGUACUUCACGAUCACGUGUACACCGCGUGUGUGGUCGCAAACUCUGACAGCAACUUCAAUGUUAUUGAAACAAUUGAGAAAACUUUAAGUGGUUAUGAUUACACAGUGAUCCGAGCGAGACGUCCAGCGAACGGAGCGCCAUUGUUUCAAACCUGGUGCAAGGAUUAUCAACGCUUGUGUGAAUCAUUCAAUCUUAGACCAGUAUACUGCAAUCAACGGACUAUCAGCAAAUGAAUAUCUUACUUGUAAACUAAAAUAU